UAGGUGAGCAGACAGAAGUUGUCAGUGAACAGAGACGGCACUCAGUCUGGGGCGAGCGCUCUAGUGAGCGCGGACGGAUGCUUAGGCAGUAGUCCUGGCAGCGGCGGCGGCGGCAGUAGUGGUGGCAGCAGAAGAGAGGAAGGGGGAGGGCCCCGAGGGCUACACACGCUCACACUUUCAAGUUCCCUUGGAGGGAGAGGAGGUGGGGCUGCAGAAAGAGGAGGCCAGGAGCGGUCCCAUCCGUCCCGUCCCGUCUCCCUCUCUUCCUCUUGCUCCUUGCCCCCUGGCUCUGCGAGAGUUGAGGGUUCGGGUGGCCGUACGUGGCAGUGAGGCAAGAGAGCCAGGAGAGUGGGAAGCGGAGGCAGGGGUGCGGGGGAAGAUGCCCAUCCUGCUGUUCCUCGUAGACACGUCCGCCUCUAUGAACCAGCGCACUGACCUGGGCACCUCCUAUUUAGACAUUGCCAAAGGCGCUGUGGAGUUAUUCUUGAAGCUGCGCGCCCGGGACCCGGCCAGCCGUGGAGACAGGUACAUGCUGGUCACCUACGACGAACCCCCGUACUGCAUCAAGGUUGGUUGGAAGGAAAAUCAUGCAACAUUCAUGAGCGAACUAAAAAAUCUUCAGGCUUCUGGACUGACUACUCUUGGUCAGGCUCUAAGAUCCUCAUUUGAUUUGUUAAAUCUCAAUAGAUUAAUAUCUGGAAUAGACAAUUAUGGACAGGGAAGAAAUCCAUUUUUUUUAGAACCAUCUAUUUUAAUUACCAUCACAGAUGGAAACAAGUUAACAAGUACUGCUGGUGUUCAAGAAGAGCUCCAUCUUCCUUUGAAUUCCCCUCUGCCUGGAAGUGAACUAACCAAAGAACCUUUUCGUUGGGAUCAAAGGUUAUUUGCACUGGUGUUGCGUUUGCCUGGAGUGGCUUCUACCGAACCAGAGCAAUUAGGGAGUGUACCAACUGAUGAAUCUGCCAUCACACAGAUGUGUGAAGUCACAGGAGGUCGCUCCUACUGUGUGAGAACACAAAGAAUGUUGAAUCAAUGUUUAGAAUCUCUAGUUCAAAAAGUUCAGAGUGGUGUAGUUAUUAAUUUUGAAAAAACGGGACCAGAUCCACUUCCUAUUGGAGAAGCCUCCACGAACAUCUCAUCCUGUUGUGAGGUUCUCCUGUGUAGAUUGUGAGCCAAUGGUAAUAGACAAACUUCCUUUUGACAAAUAUGAACUUGAACCUUCACCCUUAACUCAGUAUAUCUUGGAACGAAAGUCUCCCCAUACCUGCUGGCAGGUACUUAUCCUUACCUAUUAGCCAAAUAUCUGUAACCACUCUAGGAUCUGGGAAUUAUUUUAAGAAGCUUCAAGGGUUAAUCUGAAAAUAAUUGGACUGACUCUGUUAAUAAUGUUUCUUAUGAAUGCUGUCAAAUAAACAACAGGGCCAGGCAUAUAAUUUCAGACUAAUAUGAAUCAUUAGUCUACUGUAUAUUGCCAUUUAAAGGAAUAGUCUGAUGAAACCUAUAUAUUUGAGUAUUUGGAGGACCCCUUGAAGUUUAACCAUGGGACCCAGUGUAACAAUCCCUAAUAUAAAGGAUGGAAUUCACUUCAGGUAUGGCAUCUGCAGCUGGAGCAAAUUGUUCAGCCCUUACGUUGAACUUGACAAAUUGGAAGUACAGGAUAGUUUAGGCAGAAAACCAUAAACCCUGAAACUAAUUUGUGUAUUACUGUAAUGUAAUAAAACUCCUGUAGUACAAAUCACACUAAUGUGUGUAGUGUUUAUUUUGCAACUUAGAUGAGACAAAUGCAUAGAGAUAUCAUACACUGGUUCUUCCAAGUGUUACCCUUAAGCCCGAAGGACUUGCUGACUGGUUAACAGAGUCACCUGUGGAGUUUAAUUUGUAAAAAUUCAGAGAUGGCAGUCACAGCCUUUUUAUGUGGAUACAACAAAAGAGCCCUACACUGUAAAGAUGUGUGUUCUAUUUCUAUUGCUAUGUGGGACUAUCAGUAACCGUUAGGGUGUAUUUAUGCAAGGAACACUUUCAGACUGCCAUCUGUUUUAUCUUAAAAUGUGAGAUUAUUGCUACAAGUUAUCUGUAAGCUACUUAAAUUCUCCCAAGAUGUCACAACUAGUUAGAAAAAAGGAGCAGGCUUAAAGCAAGAAUGUAAAAGCACAAGAAACAGAAUAAUCCCAUAAACAUAAUACUGAGCAAAGAAGCUAGACAGAAAAGAUCAUAUAUUGUAUAAUUCCAUAUUAUAUACUUUCAGAGAGAGGUAAAACUAACUUACUCACUCUGUUAGAAGUCAGGAUAGUGGUUUAUCCUGGGGGGAUGCAAGGUGGUGGACAGAAGAGGAUACAAGGGGAUGUUUGGUUUUGUUCUGUUUCUUUCUUUUCUUCCUUUCUUCCUUUAUUUCUUCUUUUUUCUUUUUUUUUUUUUUUUGAGAGGGUUCAACCUGUUGCCCAGGCUGGAGUGUAGUAGGCAAUCGCAGCUCACUGUAGCCUCGACCUCCUUGGCUCAAGCAAAGGGAUCCUUCCACCUCAGCCCCCGAGAGGAGCUAAGACUAUAGGCACAUACCAUGAUUCCUGGCUUUUUAUUUUUAUUGUGUUAUAGAGUCAGAGCCUCACUGUAUUGCCCAGGCUGGUCUCAAACUCCUGGGCUCAAGUAAUCCUCUCACUUCAGCUUCCCAGAGUGCUGGGAUUAUGGCAUAAACCACUGUGCCCAGCCAUGUUCUGUUUUUUGACUCAUGUGCUUUUUACACAUGUACAUUGACUUUGUGAGCAUUCAUUGAGCUAUAUACUUAUAGUUUGCCCACAAAGUCCUAGAAAUGUAGAGAUAUGGAGAACAGAUUGCUAAUUUAAAAUAAAGAUACGACAUUUGAAUUUAUAGGUUGAAAAACAUUUUUACAAUGAAAACGAAUACAAUUACAAAUUAUAGCUUUUCUCUCAAAUAACCCCUCUUGCUAUGUACAUUUCUUAGAAACCUUCUUUAGAGAAACUUAAGAAAUGCUGUCCUAUUUCCUGUGCAACCCAUUAAAUAUGUCAUAUGCCUUUUUUCUGUACCUUAUGUUACUUUGUUUUAGAGUAUUCUUUUUUUUUUUUUUUUUUGAGACAGAGUCUCACUCUUGUUGCCUAGGCUGGAGUGCAAUGGAGUGAUCUUGGCUCACUGCAAACUCCACCUCCUAGGUUUAAGCAAUUCUCCUGCCUCAGCCUCCCAAGUAGUUGAGAUUAUAGGUAUACACUACUAUGCCCUGCCAAUUUUUGUAUUUUUAAUAGAGCCAGGGGUUUCUCCAUGUUGAUCAGGUUGGUCUCAACCUCAGGUGAUCUGCCCACUUCAGCCUCCCAAAGUGCUGGGAUUACAGGUGUGAGCCACCGUGCCUGGCUUAGAGUAUUCUUUUUUUUUUUUUUUUUGAGACGGAGUUUCGCUCUUGUUACCCAGGCUGGAGUGCAAUGCCGCGAUCUCAGCUCACCGCAGCCUCCGCCUCCUGGGUUCAAGCAAUUCUCCUGCCUCAGCCUCCCGAGUAGCUGGGAUUACAGGCAUGUGCCACCGUGCCCAGCUAAUUUUUUGUAUUAUUAGUAGAGACGGGGUUUCACCAUGUUGACCAGGAUGGUCUCGAUCUCCUGACUUCGUGAUCCACCCGCCUCAGCCUCCCAAAGUGCUGGGAUUACAGGCACGAACCACCGCGCCCGGCCAGAGUAUUCUUAAUGUGAUGAAUUAGUGGGAGUGAAAAAGAAUAAAAUGAACCAGGAGCCAGGAAAUUUGGCAAAACCACAAUGGAGACUGGAGCCUAACCCUAGUUCUGUCACCAAAUGUGUGGCCUUGCACUAGGCACUUACUUUCUCUGAACUAGCUCUAAAGAUCCUUCAGAGCCCUAAAAAUCUAUGAAUCUUUGGCUGAUGAGGAAAAACUCAAGGGGCCAAGGAAGGUAGGAAAGAGAAAGAAAGAAACAAAAUACACUGUUUUUCUUUUCAUAGGAGUCAUAGAUCUGACCCUUGACUGCCUUGUGCAUGUGACUUUUUUUAAUCUUUCUUUGAUGAAUUUUUCCUCUUUUCUAAUAUACACACUUAGGAAAUAAAAUCCAGCAUGCUUUAUUGCAGUUAUCUGUUUCCAUUAUGGUUCAAAUUAUGACACAAAAUCUAGUAGACUCAUGUUUUAGUACAACUCAUGUUCUAUGGGGUCGUAAAUUACAUAAAUUACGUUACAUAAAUUGUAUCAAUUUAUUCUUGGUGAUAACUUAAUAUUAUAAGAAGGUAGUGAAUUGGUAGGUGAUAUUGCUGGUACCAAGAACUAGCAAGGCAAAUGGAUUCUGUUAAAUGUCAGGGUUCGACUUUUGUUGUAAAAGAUCCUGCCAAAGGACUUUUGAAAAGUAAAGGUCCAGGUCUCUAAAGGUAUAUAUUGAUAGUUUGGAGCAAAGACUCUGAACAUGGAACAGAGGAAACAUGGCAGCUAGGGGACUUUCAAGCACAACGUAUCAACUGUAUGGGGGUUGAUGAUACAGGAAUCACAUCAGGUAAUCAAUAAGGAGUAAGAAGAUAGUUGUAUGGAAUCAAGAUCAAUGUUUUAAUUUUCAUUGAAUGUUUACCAGCAUAACUUUUUAAUAUUUAUUUAUUUAUUUAUUAUUUUUGAGACGGAGUCCUGCUCGGUCACCCAGGCUGGAGUGCAGUGGCACAAUAUCAGCUCACUGCAACCUCUACCUCCCGGAUUCAAGUGAUUGUCGUGCUCAGCCUCUCGAGUAGUUGGGACUAAAGACACACCACCACACCCGGCUAAUUUUUGUAUUUUUUAGUAGAGACAGGGUUUCACCAUGUUGGUCAGGCUGGUCUCAAACUCCUGACCUCAGGUGAUCCUCCCUCCUUGGUCUCCCAAAGUGCUAGGAUUACAGGUGUGAGCCACUGCACUUGGCCACUAUCGGCAUAACUUAUAAGAGAAAAUGCCUUCCAGAUUGACCCAAAGUAUCUCCUUGCUGCCUCAAAAUAAUUAGCACCAAUGCCUGGUUUACUGUAAUAGGUAACUCAGUAAAUAUUUAUUGAAUGAAAAAUGAAUGAAGAGGUAGGGGAGGGGGGCAGAGAGAGGACUUAAUAAGAGUACAAUGAAGACUGUUUAUAUAAUCCUUUAAGUAGGAUUUGUUUCUGUAAUUUCAUGCUUCAGGCAUGGGACCAUGUUCUGUUUCCAUCACAGUCUGCACUCUGGUUACCACUUGUCCUUUUGAGAAGUUUAUUUGUUUUAGUGGCUGAUUUCUUCUUAGCAGUAUUUCAGCUUUAUUUUUCAUUGUGCUAAGUAAGUAAAUAUUUGGGUAUUGUUGAUGCGGCCUGUGGUCUCUGAAUGGUUGUCGCAUAGUAUAGUUUCAUUUCUUAAUAUAAUUUAUAGAAGAGUUGCAAUCUGAACACUCCUAUUUAAUAUGAUUUUCUUUUUGAGACAGGGUCUCGCUCUGUCAUCCAGGGUAGAGUGCAGUGGCAUAGUCAUGGCUCACUGCAACCUCGACCUCCUGGGCUCAAGCCAUCCUCCUGCCUCAGCCUUCCAAGGAUCUGGGACCAUAGGCACAUGCCACCACACUUGGCUAAGUUUUAAAAUAUGUUGUAGAGAUGAGGCCUCCCUGUGUUGCCCAGCCUGGUCUCAAACUCCUGACCUCAAGCAAUCCUUCCACCUCAGUCUCCCAAACUGCUAGGGUUACAACCACGAGCCACCUAUAAUCCUAGUACAUAAGCCUGGCCACUGUAAUACAUUUUGACAUAACCAUAGGCUAAAACCACUAUUGCUAUUUUUAAACUACAGUCGAAUUGUGCCAUAGAUGCUGCUAUGGAAUGUUACUGUGGGUUUGGUUUGACAUAAAAUCCUUAUUUUCAUCACUGUGCAUUACUUCGUGUUC